AUGGAAGCUCUCGCCUCGGCGCCGCGGGCUCUCUUCGCCCGCACCGCCUCUCCGACGACGGCGCUGGUCACGCCAGCAAGAUGGACGCCGUCAUCGAGCAGGCGUGUCAAGGCCGCCGCCGCCGCCGAGCCGGCCGGCGAGGCGAAGCCGGCUGCCGCAGCGGCGCCGCCGGCACCCAAGAAGAUCCUCAAGAAGAAGCCCGUAUACUCCAUGAAGAAAGGGCAGAUCGUGCGCGUCGAGAAAGAAAAGUAUCUGAACAGCAUCAAUUACCUAUCAGUGGGGCACCCACCCUUCUACAAGGGGCUAGACUACAUAUAUGAAGACCGCGGCGAGGUUUUGGACAUCAGAAUCUUUGAAGAGACCGGAGAGUAUGCUCUGAUCGCGUGGGUGGGGAUUCCAACCCCGCCGGCAUGGCUCCCAACUUAUAUGCUCAUCAAGUCAGACAAACUCGACUACGAGAGGAUAUGA